ACGUGAGAGGAAAAAAAAUCAUUUGAAGGCAUUUCACAGCUUUGGCGCCCUCAUUUUUUAAAAAUCACUUAUGCAAGCACCAGCAACAGUUACUGUGAAAGAAAAUCAUUUUGCAGAAAAGAAGACAGAGCAGUGACAAGAAAAGGACGUUAAAAAGAUUUAAAAAAAAAAGAGGGACCUCUGCAGCAGGAUCCCCACCAUGAUGAGUACAGGACUGCGUGACUGGUCUGUGCAGGCAGAAGGAAAGAGGGAGGAGAAAGGAAAGAGCGGAGGAAGGUAGGAUAGAAAGAAGGGGGAGGGGAGGCAAUUCAGUGCAGUACAAGCUGACUGGAUGAGUAGCAGCCGCGGCACAGGCAGCAGCAGCAGCACCACCACCACUGCCACUAGCUGUAGCAUCUUUCUUUGUGGCUGCUGGAGGCUGUCUUGUGGCUGUUGUAGCAUCGCCCUCAUCCCCACAAGCAUAUCUAGGCACGGACGUUCCCACUGCCCGCCUUACAAACACACAUGCCGUGCUGGCCACAAGAGGAGAGGUAGUAAGUGACGGGGCUCCGGGGAGAGAGGGGCACAGGAAGAGGAAACAGGGACGACUGGUGGUAGUGCAAAUCAGAGGAGGGCUGGAGCGACGGUGACAGGAACAGCAGCAGCAGUAGCAGCGGCACCAUGGCGCAAGCCGCCAAGCAGCUCCGCAAGACCAAGGACCUCGCUGAGGCCGCCGCCCAGGAGCAGAGGGAGAAGGAGGAGGAAAAGAUAAAAAAGAGGAAUCGAUCCAGGGACCGUAGACGCAAGGCCGAUGCAGCCACCAGCUUUCUGCGGGCAGCUCGAUCAGGGAACUUGGACAAAGCUCUGGAUCACAUCAAGAAUGGGAUCGACAUCAACACGGCUAAUCAAAAUGGUCUCAACGGAUUACAUCUGGCCUCUAAAGAAGGUCACGUCAAGAUGGUCCUGGAGCUUUUACAUGCUGGCAUUGAGCUUGAAGCCACCACCAAGAAAGGAAACACAGCUCUCCAUAUCGCAGCGCUGGCAGGGCAGGAGAAAGUGGUGGCUGAGCUUGUCAACUACGGUGCCAACGUUAAUGCCCAGUCACAUAAAGGCUUCAGUCCGCUCUACAUGGCAGCACAGGAGAACCACUUAGAGGUGGUCAAAUUCCUGCUUGAGAAUGGUGCCAAUCAAAGUCUCCCGACAGAGGAUGGCUUCACACCCUUGGCUGUGGCCCUUCAGCAGGGUCAUGAAAACGUUGUGGCGCUGCUUAUCAACUAUGGCACCAAAGGCAAGGUCCGACUCCCUGCUCUGCAUAUCGCUGCACGAAAUGACGACACACGCACUGCUGCAGUUCUUCUCCAAAAUGACCCCAACCCUGAUGUUCUCAGCAAGACUGGUUUCACACCUCUCCAUAUUGCAGCUCACUAUGAGAAUAUGAGUGUUGCCCAGCUGCUGCUUAACAGAGGAGCCAAUGUAAACUUCACCCCCAAGAAUGGCAUCACACCUCUUCAUAUAGCCUCCAGGAGGGGCAAUAUGAUGAUGGUCAGACUCCUGCUGGACAGAGGGGCACAGAUUGAUGCCAAAACUAAGGAUGAGCUGACUCCUCUCCACUGUGCAGCCAGAAAUGGUCAUUUUCGCAUCAUUGAGAUCCUGCUGGAACAUGGUGCUCCUAUCCAAGCUAAAACCAAGAAUGGUCUAUCCCCCAUCCACAUGGCAGCUCAGGGGGACCACAUGGAGUGUGUCAGGCAGCUACUCCAAUACAAUGCUGAGAUUGAUGAUAUCACAUUGGACCAUUUAACUCCUCUUCAUGUAGCAGCCCAUUGUGGCCACCAUCGCAUGGCCAAAGUCCUGCUCGACAAGGGAGCCAAAGCCAACGCACGUGCUCUGAACGGUUUCACACCUCUACAUAUUGCGUGCAAGAAGAACCACAUGCGGUCCAUGGACUUGCUGCUUAAGCAUUCUGCUUCCUUAGAAGCUGUCACAGAGUCUGGUCUCACUCCUCUUCAUGUAGCAGCUUUCAUGGGCCAUUUGAACAUAGUGAAAAACCUGCUCCAGAGAGGGGCUUCACCUAAUGCUUCCAAUGUGAAAGUGGAGACACCUCUCCACAUGGCCUCCAGAGCAGGACACUGUGAAGUUGCUCAGUUUCUGUUGCAGAAUGCAGCACAAGUGGAUGCAAAGGCGAAGGAUGACCAGACACCUUUACACUGUGCUGCCCGUAUGGGCCAUAAGGAGCUUGUCAAACUGCUCCUUGAGCACAAGGCCAGUCCUGACUCAGCAACAACUGCAGGCCACACGCCUUUACAUAUCGCUGCUCGUGAAGGACAUGUCCACACUAUUCGAAUUUUGUUGGAUGCUGGGGCACAGCAGACAAAGAUGACAAAGAAAGGCUUCACUCCCCUCCAUGUAGCCUCAAAAUAUGGGAAGGUGGAUGUGGCUGAGCUCCUUCUAGAAAGAGGAGCCAACCCUAAUGCAUCUGGAAAGAAUGGUUUGACACCCCUUCAUGUGGCCGUCCAUCACAACAACCUGGAUGUUGUUAAACUCCUGGUCAGCAAGGGAGGAUCUGCACACAGCACUGCCCGAAACGGCUACACUCCUCUGCACAUAGCAGCCAAGCAGAACCAGAUGGAGGUGGCCAGUUGUCUGCUGCAGAAUGGGGCAUCGCCGAACGCCGAGUCCCUCCAAGGCAUCACGCCCCUACACCUGGCUUCACAGGAGGGACGGCCAGACAUGGUGGCUCUGCUUAUCUCCAAACAGGCCAAUGUAAAUCUGGGAAACAAGAAUGGACUGACUCCUCUGCAUCUCGUAGCUCAGGAGGGUCACGUGGGAAUUGCUGACACUUUAGUCAAACAGGGGGCAUCUGUUUACGCUGCUUCCCGGAUGGGCUACACACCUCUUCAUGUUGCCUGUCACUAUGGCAACAUAAAAAUGGUGAAGUUCCUUCUUCAGCAACAGGCUCACGUGAACAGCAAGACAAGGAUGGGCUACACCCCUCUGCAUCAAGCGGCUCAACAAGGCCAUACUGAUAUCGUCACACUGCUGUUGAAACACGGAGCCCAGCCCAAUGAAAUUACUUCGAAUGGGACUUCUCCACUUGGCAUUGCGAAGCGGCUGGGUUACAUCUCAGUCAUUGAUGUGCUGAAACUGGUUACCGAGGAGUCUGUCUCCAUGAUCACCACAGAGAAGCAUCGGAUGAGUUUUCCAGAGACAGUAGAUGAGAUUUUGGAUGUGUCUGAGGAUGAAGGGGUUGCCCAGCUAACGUUAGGAGAUGAAUUGCUUGGAAUGGACGGAGCACGCUACUUGAAACUUGAUGACUUCAAGGAUCAGGAUGACGACUUCCUGUCUCCUAAGAAGACUCUCAGAGACUUUGAAGGUGGCAUGGGAACCACGCCGUACUCUCCUGCUAUUCCCAGAAUCCCUUGUGUGUCUCCAGAGACUGUUCUACUGGAUCAGCAUACCCCUGUCCCUCUGCCAAAGGAGUAUGACGAAGACUCUCUCAUCCCGAGCAGCCCAGCAACAGAGACUUCAGACAAUGUCAGCCCUGUGGCCAGUCCUAUUCACACUGGCUUCCUUGUGAGUUUCAUGGUUGAUGCUCGAGGAGGCUCCAUGCGAGGCAGCAGACACCACGGGCUGCGAGUGAUCAUCCCUCCUCGUACCUGCGCUGCACCAACACGCAUCACCUGCCGUCUGGUCAAACCCCAGAAACUGACAACGCCUCCUCCACUUGUGGAGGGCGAAGGGCUUGCGAGCCGCAUUAUCUCUCUAGGUCCAUCCAGUAUGCAGUUCCUUGGACCAGUAAUAGUGGAAAUCCCUCAUUUUGCCUCCCUGGGCCGAGGAGACCGGGAGCUUGUGGUCCUCCGCAGUGAAAAUGGCUCUGUGUGGAAGGAGCAUCGCAAUCGCUAUGGGGACGAAGUACUGGAAACCAUUCUGAACGGCAUGGAUGAAGAUUUAGAGAGUCAAGAUGAGUUGGAGAAGAAAAGAAUCCGACGGAUAAUCUCCACCGACUUCCCACUUUACUUUGCCGUUGUCUCCCGCAUUCAGCAGGAGAGUGAUCUUAUUGGUCCAGAGGGCGGCCGACUGACCAGUAAACUGGUUCCCCACGUCGAGGCCAUCUUCCCAGAGACAGCCGUCACCAAGAGAGUUAGACUGGGGCUGCAGGCACAGCCGAUCCCUGAUGAGCUGCUGACUCGGCAGCUUGGUAACCAGGCAACCUUCAGCCCAGUGGUUACCAUCGAACCACGACGACGCAAAUUUCACCGUCCAAUCGGAUUGCGAAUCCCAUUGCCCCCAUCCUGGAGGGAGAGUCCUCGGGAUGCUGGGGAGGGUGACACUACCAGCUUGCGUCUCUUGUGCAGUGUCAUUGGUGGGACAGCACCAGCUCAGUGGGAGGACAUCACCGGAACCACCAAGCUGAUGUAUGCUAAUAACUGUGCCAACUUUACCACCAAUGUUUCUGCAAGAUUCUGGCUGGCAGAUUGUCCACGCACAGCAGAGGCAGUGACCUUUGCUAACCUGCUGUACCGGGAGCUGAUGGCUGUUCCCUACAUGGCCAAGUUUGUUAUAUUUGCCAAGAUGAACGAAGCACGAGAGGGGCGCUUACGUUGUUACUGCAUGACAGAUGAUAAGAUGGACAAAACGUUGGAACUGCAUGAGAACUUCACCGAAGUAGCCCGCAGUCGAGACAUUGAGCUAAUGGAGGGCAUGCCACUGCAUCUAGAGUGUUCUGGGAACCUGGUGCCCAUCAGGAAGGCAACCCAGCAGCCUCGUAGCUUCAGCUUCCAGGCCUUCAGAGAUAACAGACUGCCUGUCUCUGUCAAGGUCAGAGAUAGUAACAAAGAUGCUACUGGGUUCUUGUCGUUUCUGCGGAAGUGCACCAAAUAUGAAGACGCACAGCAUGUACUGUGUAACCUUAACAUAACCAUGCCACCUUGUGUCAAGGUUGUGGGCAGUGAAGAGCGAAGGCGAACUUUGACCCCUCUCGCCCUGAGGGAACGCUACAGCGCACUGAACGAGCCCGGUGUGGCCACAGUGAAUGCCAUGGAGAGGACUGAGAUCAAAAUCAACAUCAUAUCUGAACAGCUGGGUUUGAGCUGGGCAGAGUUGGCUCGAGAGCUGCAGUUUGGUGUUGAUGAUAUCAACAGGAUUCGUGUGGAAAAUCCCAACUCGCUGCUUGACCAGAGCUCUGCCCUGCUCAACCUGUGGGCCAGCAGAGAAGGCAAAAGGGCUAAAAUGGAGAGUUUGUAUGUGGCUCUGAAGAACAUUGACCGUGCAGACAUUGUGAGCUCCCUGGAGGGUCCAGCUGCACAGCCAGCAGCACCUGGGUCUUCAGAGGAGGGAGCGUGUCGGCUUGGAGACCGUGACUCUACUUUAUUGUCCCCGAGUGUUAUUAAUGAGAUCACGGACACAAGGCCAUCACGCCUUGUGCACAAGCCACGAGUUAUUAGACCCCCGUUUUUCAGAAGGGGUUAUGGGCUGGUGCAGGAGGAGCUGCUGUCCCCGGCCUCUAUGCAGUACAGCCUGCCCUCUCCGCUCGGCGUGGAGCCCUACUGGCAGGAAGUGUCCAGCCUCGAGUGUGCCCCCAUCGCCACCACAGAGGAAGAUACGUUAAUGGAGAUGUCGGACGUUCAGGUGUGGCCGGCGGGGGUGAGCCCCUCUCUGGUCACCGUAGAGGACUCGUCACUGGAAGGCAGUAGUCGUGCUGAUGACUCAGAGGGGGCGACGCUGUCCCUUCCCUGCAGCUUGGGUCGCCCAAGCAGCGGUGCCAGUGGAGCCAGUGGCUCCAUCAUGGAGCUGGAGGAGGAGGAGGAGGAUGAGGAGGAAGGAGAGGUUGAGGAGGAGGAGGCGCCACAUGAGCCAGCAACUGCUCUGGCUGAAAGAGACAGGGUGAGAGCCAGUGGCGCCGUUCCCAAGGUCAGCCAGAACGGCCAGCUUGGAGGUCAGAGGUCGGAUGGGAGGAGAGGGGAGGCCUUCGGGGCCGUUGGAGGCACGAGAGGAGGAGGUGUAGGGCUGGGUUCAGUAGAAGGGAUUUCUGUUGUUGCAGGCCAGCAGGUGUACGCCCAGCGAUGUGAGAUGACAGGACUGAGUCGGGCACCUGAGUACAGUGAAGACAACCGGGUUGUGGGAGGUGGAGCGUUCCAACCCUACCUACCAGAGAAGGACUCCCUUCAGGGCUGGGUGGGCUCGGUAUCAUCGGGACGCGACAGCAGCAUGCCAGGCUUGCGUGUGGCCCAGGAGGCUCUGCUGACUCCGAGGGAAGAGAAAGAAGAAUUUGCCUCUGAAGCGCAGUUUGUUGAGGAUCGUGGAAAUGUGCUCGCUAGAAAGGUGGGGGUGGAUGUGAGAAAGGGUGCUCAGUCAGUGCAGCGCACCAGUCUACGAAGAGUUAAACACUGAAAUGCACAUACUGCCCAGUCCUCAAGGACCGGAAAGCCACUGCCAAAUCAUCCUCCACAAAAACACAUCCAGAGCGCAGAGGAAAAUGAGCAGAGAGGAGCAAAGACAAAGACUAAGACAAGCAAACUACAAAAAAUGACAAACAUACAAACAUCCUCAACGUGUGACCAUGGAGCACCACAAAAGAAGACAUGAAAAAAGAGGAGUUCAACUUGUAGUUUUAUAACAUUUGUAAAGAAAAAUAUCAACUAAUCUAAGGCAUGAUUCUUUUUUACAAAAAAAAAAAAAAAAAAUGCAAACGUCAGUAAAACAACUGAGAGAAAAAGCAACAAAAAGUGCUUCCUGUGAACUGUAAUCGCAUGAUGACUGCUGGUGCAUGCCCUUUGACCUUUUGAACUGUCAUUAUCUAACUGAAGGGGUACAAGGUACGGGGCAGACCCACACUUGGGCUACGGACCUUUUUAGGGACCUUACCCCCCCCCCCUCAACUGGAAUGGUUUGUGUCAGCAAGUUCGAGUCCAAUAACACUACAGCCAAAAAAAGUCCUUUGUCCCUGUGGAUGGUUGUGGAACAGCUGAGCCUCCCUACGCUUCUCACAACCUUCCCCUUAUUCUCAAUGUGAUACAUGCACCCUAUGCUACGUGGACAUGUGUCAGUGUGCGUAUGUGUGUGUGUGCGUGUGUGUAUUCUUCUCUACCUUCCAACUUACCGCAUGUGUUUCUUGCUUCCGGCUUGGCGCUGAGCUCCGCCUCAUGAUUGGCUUGUGGCCCCUGUGAUGUCACGGCGUGCUCAGUGCUGGAAUGAGAAAGCCGCUGCGCUUCCCCGCUCGUCGUGAGUAUAUCCUGUCUUCUGCGUGCGCUGACGUCUUUUCCUUUGUGGACGACGCUCGCUUCUUGCGUUUCUUUCUUUGGAGCCUGUCCACCUUGAUUCUGAGCUUUGUUUGACUUUUCAACAGUGGACUGGAUCUGUUCUCAUCUGGUGUUUGCAAAGAGAAAAGAGUUUUUCAGACAACCGGAAUGUUUUAUUUUUGCAAAGUUGUUGGUUUGCUGGAUUGCAUUGUGCAGCAGCUCUGUAACACAAAGACAGACUUUUUGUCCUUUGGUGGCAGGGGUCGUUAACCUUUUCUACCUUCUUCUAUCAUCCCUCAUGUAGCGCAUGCCAUCCUGCUCCACAGUCUUAAACGGUAGCCUCAGUCAAUAUGCAGUAAAACCACAGGACUUUUAGCUCCUUCAUCCAGUGUUUCAAACUUUUUCGUGCUCCCUUCUUAUCUGUUUGCAAUGGCUGUAGCGCCUCACUGGCACAUUUUGGUUCAUUCGUUUGAAGCAAAAGUGGACGGAGGAUCUUAUUCACGCGAGGAUACAGUGAUCGUGAGGACGGAGAUGGCGUGAUUUAGCAUUGCACCGUGAUUGUGACAUAGGAACCGUGCAACGAGGACAGACAGGUAGCACUGUGAUUGUCUUAUUAACACUGACCCCAGACUCGUGAACUGUGAAAACACACGAACACAAAGCACAUACGCAAACAAAUACACGUAAAGCAAACCCACACAUAUCCAGAGACGCAAACACGACGGAAUAAUAAACAAAAUAUUGCCUGGUCAGAGUGUUAGAGAAUUUGUCACAGCAAUAAAAACUUACAAGAACAGAGCAGGGGUGCAUUCUGGGUAAUACUUACAGAACUGAAUCUGGAAUGUGUAAAAAGAAAAAAGUGAAGACAGAAAGUCCAUGUGAACAGACGGCAUUUACUAGAACAUAUGACUCAUCUGUAGGAGUCUGGACUGAGGGAUUUUUGUUUUUCAGCACUUAACGUAGCAAAUUAUAAACCAGGAUAUGUUAACUGAAUACACUCAUAACUGUAAAGGAGUCGCUGCUGCCGUGAGGUGGAAACCACUGAUGAUAUUUUCAAUUUUUUAUUUUAUUUUUUUCAUCACGUAACAUUUCAACAAUCCACUCACAUCCAUGUAAUCAUCUCGACUAUGUUUCUCUUCAACACUUUAUGCAGAAAUCUGAUUUCUCCUAAACGGCAGCACCAUAAAGGGGGUCAUAUCAUAGUAGCACACACACUUCCUUGAUAUCACAAUAUGUAUCCCAUACGUACUGUAAAUGCUACUGUAGCCUGAAUGACUGAGACUCUGAAUGGGUGAAUACAUUUGCUUCACAUGCACAUACUCUCCAUGCCCGGAACGUGCACACGAAACCCUCAUGGGAUAUAGCACGUAUGUUACAUAUCACACGUUUUCCACUGUUUCCACUCAGGUUUUCAGUUCUGCUCAGUCAGAAUUUUUUAUUUUUUUUUUUCUAGUUGUAUGUCCUCCUCUCAAAGACAAGCACGGGACCUAAACAGAGUGUUUCUGGGGAAAAAAAAACAACUUUUCUGUGUUUUGGGGGCUGUAAGGGUGGGACGGGGAUGUACAGAUGUUUUAGGGGAUGCAUGACGCCAAAGUGUGUAUGUGUGUGUGUGUGUGUGUGUGUGUGUGUGGUUUGAAAGCUCUUUCAUUUAGAUAAAACCAAAAAUGAUAGGGUUUGGAGCAUUUUGGUCAGUAGCCAUGCAGUUCUCUGCCCUGCAUAUGCAAGUGCUUGUGAAGAACUCCCCUCUUUUCUCAUUACAGGAGGGGGAAUAAUAACAGCUGACGUCUGUCGGUUGUGCACACCACAGGAAAGUUCAUCUUCACGAGUCUUAGACAAGGUUUAGACUCAUGCGCUCAGUAUUUCUACAAUCCUGAUUUAGGCUAAAGGUGAAAUUUGUCAUUUAUCAACAAAAACUAGUCCAUCGGACUAUGUUUGGAAAAUGUACUUCCCAUUUGCACUAUUCACUGCCACAUCAACCAGACUGAUUUGAGCUUAAAUUAAGAGACUAUUUUGUUGUGUAGUGUUCAGUCAUAGUAAAAAUAAAAUCAGGAUGUAUUUGCUAAAUGUGGAUGUUGAAGCAUUGAAAUGUAUUCUCGACGCUGGAAAUGUCAAAUGACAAAAUGACCUCAACUCAAAGUCUGUUUGUGAGCCUCUUUGGAGUUUUCAAUCACCAGAUGCGGUUAAAAGCAUUUAAUGUCACAUGUGUAGCAUAGUUUUACUUUAUAGAAACCUGUGGUGGGUAUAUAGAAAUUAAUUUACAAUCAGUCUCUUAAAAAAAUCAUGGUGAGCGUCUGCACUAUGACUAAUUCGUCUCCACCACAUUUGCAUUGUGCGUGUGUGUGCGUGUGUGUGUGUGUGUGUGUGUGUGCGCGUGUGUGUGCGUGUGUGUGUGUGUGUGUGUGUAUGUGCUUGUUUCAUUGGACUUGGGGGGAAAAUGAGCGAAGUCAUUCCCUGGCAUGUGACUUGAGAGGACGUGUAACUUAAUGAUGUAUUUGAAAAAGAGUAUUGUAAUUUUAAUUGUGCAAAGAAUAGAGAUCACCUAUACUCCUUUAGAAUGGAUACAUGACAAUGUAAACGCAAUAUCAUAUUACUCUAUCCUAAGGAAUGCAACUGCGCACAUGCACAAAAAAAAGAUGUUUUUAUGAAAAUAUAUGUAUAAAUAUAUGACAAAAUAUAUUUAAUUAGAAUGCUAUGCACCCUCAUAUAGUUGUUAUGGAUGUUCUUUAAGCAUUAUCUAGACUAGGCAAACGCCCACAUCAUGGGGAAUGUAGAGGCUUUGUAGCUAUGACCACUUGUUUUCUUUUCUUUUGUAUUGUCCUGGAGAGAGGAUAAACAACGGUGAAUAUGUAUACAAGCCUUUCAAUCAGAGUCAUUCUGACAUGAAGAUAUGUAUAGAUCAUCUUACCCUGUACACCAGCUCAAACCAUUUACAGAAGUUAAUAAACAAAGAUGUGACAUACA